GUACACGGUAUCCAACUGAACUCCAUAUCUAAGAAACCGUUCCUGUUGGCGUUUCGGAGCUUGCUAAACAUGACAGCUUUGCAGUAGUUACCCUAAUUAGCCCCGCUUUAGGCGCUCUGAAUAAUCGCUAACGCCAAAGACAGUUUAUUACAAGAAGUGCUCUACCUAAGGUAGUUCUGCAAGUUUUUUAAAAUGCCUCGGGGCGCUUUUCUUGCCUGCCACUUCAUGCCCCAGACGCCGCAUUUGCGUGACAAUGUCAUGUCCCUAUGUUUUUAAGGCCUUAGGAUAAGGCCUUAGGCGAGGCCUAGCUCAACUUGCCGGCCAAUUAUUACGCAAGCUUACACUGAAGACGAACAUGGCACCCAAGAAACGUGCCUCCACAUUGAAUGACAUGAACGAGGCACGCGCACCAGACGCAGAGCUUGACAUCGAUGCGGAGCGGAAAACACUGAUGGCCCGCAACGCGGCACUAUUUGCUCGUAUCGGCCUGCCGGACGCUGUGAAGGACUUCAAGACAGCGGUCGUCGAGGAUCGCAAGCGGGCGAAUGCGGAAGCCUCAGACAGCAAGGCCCGAGCGCCCAAGUGGCCUCGUACCUACACAACCAAGCCUCCUCGGCUUGAGGGGCCCACACGCCGUAGCGGCAGGAUUGCGGGCAUGCCGGCACCGGACAUGGCGGAACUGGAAGACGACGCGGAAGAAGGCGUUGCUGCUAGGAGAGCUGCUCCUCGUUUAGCGGUUCCAGCCGAGGACUUCACAUACGACGGACUGUUUGACUUGCUAGGUAAGGACUCCGUACAAGUCCAUGGCAGUAUGCCGCCUCCUGACCAGCUUAGUGAGGAGCAGCGGGCGGCGUUGGAGGCCCAGAUGUGCUGCUCGUCCAAAAGCCGUGGCCGAGCGUACGACAAGAGCGUUGGUCUGACCUGCCACUUCUGCCGUCAGAAGAUGCUCUGCGGGGAGGACGGCUGCCCGCGUUGCUGCAAUCGUGACGUGUCCGGCACGUGUAUCGGCAAGACGGAGUGCGGGCGCUGCGGCUCCGCAACCGGCAACUACUGCCGUGCUUGCCUCAUGGACAGGUACGGGCAGCAGCUGGAGGCGGUCCGUGCGGACUCCUCCUGGCUGUGCCCGCACUGCCACGAGGAGGAGCACGGGGAGUGGGUACAACACGGCUGGUUCUGCAACAGUUCCUUCUGCAUGAAGAUGCGUGGCUUGCGGCCAACCGGCAUCGCCAUCCACCGCGCCCGGCAUCAGGGCUUCAGAAGCGUGGCGCACCUGCUACAGGCGACGGUGCUGGCCCUGGAGAAAGAGCCCACCGAGGCGUGGCUGAGGUUCCGGAGCGAGGAGGAGCGCAGGCGUAAGGCCCACAGCCGGAGCAUGGGCCGCAGCCAGGAGCAGGAGGCAGAAGCAGGAGGGAAGGUCGCGAUGGACGGGGCUCUGGAAGCUGCUGAAGCGGAGGGCAAGGAAGUGGCGGAGAAGAAGGAGC